AUGCCGUCCUCAUCACUCUUUCUGAGGUCGAGCGCUACCCUCGUUUCUGUUUUGUCUCUGCUUUCCUCAUCUACUGCUGCUCCUCUAGAAUCAAGAACCGACAAGGUCUACAACCUCGACACUGAUUUCUUCUCUGGUAAUUUCUUUGACAAUUUCAACUUCUUCGCCGAUGCAGAUCCUACUCACGGCUUCGUCACCUAUGUCGACCGAAACACAGCUUCAACCUACGGCUCGAAAAACAAUGGAGUCAAUCUUAUUGAUGGUGGCAGUGGUGGUGCUGCAUACAUGAACGUGGACACGACCAACACAUUCGAUAACACCAAGGGCUACUGGCUCGUCAAUGGAGUUGGUAGAACCAGCGUACGAAUCGAGAGCUCAAAGUCGUGGACACAUGGACUUAUCAUCGCUGAUAUUACACAUAUGCCGUUUGCUUGUGGAGCUUGGCCUGCAUUCUGGACUCUAGGAAGUAAUACUUGGCCUGGAAACGGAGAGAUGGACAUUAUCGAAGGCUGGAACGACCAGGUGACCAACUUUGUUGCUGGCCACACCAACAACACCUGCAACGUUCCUCAAAGCUCCGCCUUCUCAGGCACCUCCUCUCCUACAGCCUGCAACUACCAAGAUGGCUUCCCCAACUAUGUUGGAUGCAAGAUUACCGACAGCGACCAGAAGAGUUUCGGCAAAGGUUUCAAUGACAACCGUGGUGGUGUAUAUGCCAUGGAGUGGACCAGCGAUGCUAUUUCCGUUUACUUCUUUCCCCGAGGCAGCAUCCCGAGCAACGUCUAUGCUAGCCACCCAGAUCCAAGUAGCUGGGGUGUCAAGCCUGUUGCUAAGAUCGGUGGAAGUGAUUGCAACGUUGACCUUAACUUCAAGGAGCAUCGCCUUGUCUUUGACACCACUUUCUGCGGCGACGCUGCCGGACCAAACUUCGGAACCUGUGCUGCUUCCAAUGGUCUCACCAUCGGUAAUGGCGGAUUCUCUGAUGCUAACAGUGCCUGCGCUUCCUACGUUGCAAAGAACCCAUCUGCUUUCCAGAACGCUUUCUGGGAGAUUAAUGCUUUGAAGGUCUUCAAGCUGGGAUCUCCUCAGACAACUACCACAACCACGACUACUACCACAACUACCAGCACUACAUCGUCUUCGACUAGCUCGACUACGACUACAACUACGAGUGGUGGAAAUGGUAACGUUACAACCAGUACGUCAACCUCGUCCACAACCACGACUACAACUUCGUCGCACUUCUUCCACAACGGUACCACCACUACCACCACCACUGCAUCUGUUCCAGUCACCACCACCACCACCACCACCAGCAGUUUCCCUGUGACUACGUCAACCACGAGCAGCACAAGUACGACCUCGACAAGCACCAGCAGCCGGGGAGGAAACGGAACCACUACCUCUACUAAUGGAGGUUGGGGCGACUGGUCAUCGUCCACUACAAGCUCAUCUACCACUAGCACUUCGGCUGAUCCAGCCUGGGGCAACUGGGGAUCAAGCACCACGAGCUCUCGCUCUAGCUCUACACCAAUCACCAGCACAAGGAAGACCACAAGCUCAUGCUCCACACCACCUGUAACAUCAACAACCAGCUGCACUACAUACCACCUUGAGAUUCCAGGCUACCCGAUCACAUCUGCAUGCUCAACUGUUACCGUUACUCCAACACCUAUUUGCAAUGCUAACAACAACUCUCCGACCUGGACUGCCUGGGACCCUAGCGAUUCAACUAGCUGCACUACAACUGUUACAUCCACCUACACUCCAACUUCUACCUAUGGAGUUGACGAUCAGUGGACUGCAUGGCCCACUACGACGCGCAAGAGCAACGGCAACAGCGGUGACAAUGGUGGCAACGAUAAGACAACCACAAUCACCACCAUAACAAGCUCUUCCUGCAUCACCCCCGCCCCCAGCACCAGCACCAGCUGCACAACAUACCACGUCGAAAUCCCAGGAUACCCAAUCACCUCGUCCUGCUCAGCUCUCCUCGUCUCGGGAACGCCAGUCUGCUCAAGGACCAUCUUGACCUCUACCGUCGUCAUCACCAGCACAAUCUCCAGCUCCUCCAAGACCACCAAGACACCAGACGCCUCCACAAUCAAGACGCCCGACGCAUCCGUAUCAAGUGUCAGCUGGACCGCCUGGGACCCUUCGUCGCCUGCCGCCUCUUCUUCUCCCAGUAAGACACCCGCCGCUGUCAGCAGUACUCCUGCUGCUGCUAGCAGCACCCCUGUAGCAGCUGUUACGGGCGCUCCUGACUGGAAUACCUGGAACAACAAUGCUACGACUAGCAAGUCGCCUAUUGCUACGUUUACGGGCGCGGCGGAGAAGAUGAGCUUGAAUAAGGUUGGUGUUGUGUUUGGUGCUUUUGUUGCGGGUGUGAUGGUCUUGUAG